AUACAUUACGCAUUGUAAAAUCACAAUACUUUUGUUUCCCAUAAACAUACCAAAAACAUAAAGCCUUUUUAUUUGUAAAUAUGAUUGUGACAAUAGUCUCAUACACCCAAGAAUUCACCAUGGAAAUCAACGAACAAGAACCUGUGUUGGACAUUAAGAAACGUUUAGAACAGUUCCUUCAGAUCCCAACAUCAUCUUUAACACUCUUUGUCUCUUGUUGGGAACUCCUCGACGGUCUCGACAUCGAUGAUUACCCAAUCAUCUCACACGGCACCAGAAUCGACCUCACCGUCACUCCCCUUUUCACCUCACCUUCUUUUACCAACCCCGCCGUUAAAAAAUUCCACGUCACCGUCAAGUUCCCAUCAAAACAGUUCUCCAUCGAAAUAGACAAAACCGAAACGGUAAGUAGCUUGAAGGACAAGAUUCACAUCGUGGAGAAUACACCGAUAAAGCGAAUGCAGUUAUACUUCUCUGGAAUCGAGCUGGCUGAUGAUUUUCGAAACCUAAACGAAUAUGGAAUCGGAGAGUUCUCGGAGAUUGUCGUGUUUCUCAAGUCAAUCAAUCGAGCCAAAGACGUUGCCCCGGUGAAGAAACUAUGUUUCUUGGUGCAGACGUCAUCGAGUUUAUUCAACGGCGCAAGUAUCCCUGUCGAGAUUAAGGACUCGUGUACCAUCUCAGAGAUGAGAGAAGGAUUACAAGCUAACAAGACUUUGCCAAGAGACGAGUAUAUAUUCGUACACAAGCAACGGAUUAUGCGAGAGAAUUGUAGUCUUCGGUGGCAUGGUGUUGAAAAUGGCGACACUCUUUUUGUGUUUAAAGGAUCUAUUAGUCGUGGAAGUUACUGAGAUUUCCAUAAUUACGAUUCAUAUUCGAGUUUCUUUGGUAAAAAAAAUCUCCCUCAAGAAUGACAUUAUGCAAUUUUCAUAUAUUGACACAAACGUUACAAUUUUUUUUACUUUUAAUUUUUUAUAAAAUUUUAAAUUUUAAUUUGAAAACAAAAAAUUUCCUUUUGUUAUUAUUUUAUUCGUUGGGAAACAAAAUACACCGAUUAUACUACAUAUCCUGGUUACACACAACUGUAUCAUUACAUUUCAAAAGUUAGGCAAACACAUAAUCUUUUAAAAAUAUAUAUAACUCAUAAUUGUAUAAAUGAUAGUACGACUAAUUAACAUGACUACAUAUCUGGACAUAAUCGAAUAAAUAUAGGGCAAAUCUCCAAAAUAGCACAUUUCUAAGUUUAUAUCACAAAAAUAACACUUCAAAACUAAAAUGACCAAAAUAGCACAUUUCUAAGUUUAUCCUUUGAAAAUUUUAAUUUUUUUAUUUUU